AUGGCCGGGGAGAGCCGUGGGGGCGGCUCGGACCCACGCGGGGCACCCCACGGUGCUGGGUCCUGGCGGCUGCUGCUGCUGGCCUGGCUCAGCCUGGUGGGCACGGCACAGGACCCAGCCCUGGGGACACCAGCGAGGGUCCCCGAGCCCCCAGCCCCUGCUUGGCCCCAGGGGACCUGGGGGUCCUGGGGACCCUGGAGCUCCUGCUCCAGCUCCUGUGGGGACGGCGUCGCCCUGCGCAGCCGGAGGUGCCUGCGGAGCGGCGAGGAGCGGCCGUGCACGGGGGACCCGCGGCAGUACCGGCUCUGCCAGCUCCCGGGCUGCCCCAGCGGCUCCGUGCCCUUCCGGGCCAUGCAGUGCUCGCUCUACGACAACCGGCCCGUCCUGGGCUCCUCCGCCCGCUACCGCUGGGUGCCCUUCCACGGAGCCCCCAACCUGUGCGACCUCAACUGCCUGGCCGAGGGGCACAACUUCUACUACAGCUUCGGCCGGGUGCUGGACGGGACCCGCUGCGGCCCCGGCUCCCCGGACCUGUGCGUCGGUGGGCGCUGCCUGAGCGUGGGCUGUGACGGGAUCCUGGGCUCGCGCCCCGACGCCUGCGGCCCCUGCGGCAGCGGCCACGGCUCGUGUGUCCUCAUCCACCGGCUGUUCCAGGGCUCGGACCCCUCCUCCGGAUAUUUGGGAUAUGUGAAUGUGACCAAGAUCCCGGCCGGGGCCACCCACAUCAAGGUGACGGACAAGAGCCGCAACUACCUGGCGCUGAUGGCGAGUGACGGCCGCUACGUCCUCAACGGCGACCGGACCAUCGCCUGGCCGGGGCCCUACGAGGCCGCCGGCACCGUCCUGACCUACAGCCGGGCCCCCGACGGCACCGAGAGCCUGGAGGCGCCCGGACCCACCCGCGAGGACCUGCACGUGAUGGUGCUGCUGCAGGAGCCCAACCCCGGCAUCGAGUACCAGUUCUGGCUGCCCCGCGGGCACCCCCAGCUCGGCCGCGGUGCCACCAGCCCCCUGCGGCAGCCGCAGCCCCGAGGGGCCGGCAGCCCCCCGCCCCCGGAGCCCCCGCGCACCCCGGGCCCCGCACCGCCCCCACGGCCCGGGGGCUUCGCCACGGAGCCACCGCCGAGGAGCCGGAGCCGGGACGGGGCUACCGCAGGGCGCUGCGGGAGGUGCCGCCCGCCCAAGGGGCGCUCCCAGCGCAUCCGGCACUUCUGCCAGAGCGACUUCGUGUUCCACGGGCGGAUCCUGGCGCGGCGCGUGGUGGGGCGGGAGACGCGCUACGAGGUGGAGGUGAAGGCUCGGUACCGGCAGCUCUUCCCGCUGGUGGCCCGGGAGUACCUGUGGGUGCCCAGCACCUGCGGGUGCCCCACGCUCCACGAGGGCGGCGAGUACCUGCUGAUGGCGCGGCGCCACGUCAACCACGAGCACACCCUGAACCGCAUCCUGCUGCAGGACCACGGCUACGCCCGGCCCUGGACGCCCCGCGAGGCCCGGCUGGUGCGGGACGCGGCCCGGCACUGCCCCCAGCCCCGGCCGCCCUGAGCCCCGUCCCGGGGCGGGACCCCCGGGCGAACCGGCUGCUCCUGCCGGGCACCGAACCCUUCCCGUGCCCCCUCCCCGCAGUGGACCCCCCGCCCGUCUCGCCGUCCUUGGGGUCCGCGUGGUGGAGGGAGGGAGAAGGGGGGGGGGGGUGAUAAUUUAUUAUUAUUUUUGCAGAAAAUAAAUCGGUUAUCCCCUCA